AUGACGACGCCCUCUAGGACCCUGCGGGACGCGUGGCCGGCAGGCUGGCUGCUGCUGCUGCUGCCGCUGCUGGGGCUCGUCCGUCCCCAGGCGGCCAGGACAGACAACAGAGAGAUCUGCCUGCAGCCACCACUUAAAGGACCCUGCCGGGCUCUUCAUGACAGGUGGUAUUACGACCGAUACAUGCAGACUUGCAAGAUGUUUAGCUACGGCGGUUGUGAGGGGAAUACCAAUAACUUCCUAAGUGAGGAAGAGUGUGAGAAAACGUGCUGGAUGAUCAGAAAAGUUCCCAAAAUAUGCCGACUGGAAUCUGACGAAGGGCUGUGCAGAGCUUUAAUGCAGAAAUACUUCUUCAACCUAAGUACAAUGGCCUGUGAGAAAUUUUACUACGGGGGGUGUCAUGGGAACGAUAACCGGUUUGACAGUGAAGAUUCCUGUAUGGACUACUGCCUUCCUCAGAAAAAUGGACCCUCAUUUUGCUAUAGCCCUAAAGAUGAAGGAACAUGUUCAGGUUCAGUAACUCGUUUUUACUACAACAGAAAGAAAAAAACCUGUGAAAAAUUCAUCUAUACCGGAUGCGGUGGAAAUCAAAACAAUUUUGCAAAGAUGAAAGAUUGCAUCAAAGUUUGUAAGAAAGCAGGGAAGAAACCAAAACCCAGGACAUGAGGAAGAGAUGUUUUC